AUGCUUAAGUCCAGUUUGCUUUUGGAGAACAUACGGAAGUUCAACAGGUUUAGAAGUCCUUACAGGCUGCAGGACGUGUGGCCAUUAGGCAGGCGAUCUGCCGUGCUGGUACUACUAUUUAUUGGAAACCAAGGUGAGUUAAGAGUUCUAUUGACCAAGCGGUCACGGAGUCUGCGUAGUUUCUCGGGCCAUGUGUCAUUCCCCGGAGGUAAAGCGGACGAUGCGAAGGAGACUCCCGAGCAAGUGGCUAGAAGAGAGACAUGUGAGGAGAUUGGGCUACCGCAGGACGCAGCACAACUGAAGCGGGACUACGGCAUGGAGAUAGAAAACCUGCUGACGGAGAUGCCUUGCUACAUAUCACGCACACUGCUCAGCGUUAAGCCCGUCGUGUGCCUGCUCAAGAACACGCACAAGUCUGACCUGGAUAUCCUGGAGGCGAGCAAGUUUGCCGCGAAGUUAAACCCUGGCGAGACAUCGUCGCUGUUCUCUGUGCCACUGCGGGACUUGGCACCCAGACAUUUGCGCCGCGGUAUGGCAACUGAGUACGUUGACCACAGAGAGGAGUCUCUCGAGUGGGGGGGCCUUCCCUGGCUAGUGGACCACUUCUAUUACCCCGUAGAGAAUCCGCAAGAGGCCCCCUGGCUCACGGAUGUGCAGGACCUGAGCAGCGAGGAGAACGAAGUCGAAGUGCUGCGGGACGCCAGCAGCCACCGAGUGCAAUGCCGCGACCUGUGGGGGCUCACCGCGAAGAUCAUCAGCGACCUAGCCGCGAUCGCCACGGGACUCAUAACCACGGACACUAGCAGACAGGCCACGGUGGGACACGAGGACCUGAUCUACGGACUCUACACCAAUGGCCAGAUGCAACCGGAGCGGUCUCAGUGGGAGUCAGACAUGAUCCGCGCCAAGCGCGACACCAACUACACAGACGUCAUACCCGAGGCAUACAUGUCAGACCUCCACUCCCGCGGCGUAACUUUCUAG